UGAUCAGGUGAAUAAUAAUCUACACUCGUAUCCUUGAGGCUCCAGUCGAAUUCUGUAGCAGAUGCAGUCAUGGCAUCACACUGGGCGCCAAUGCUUUUUAAAACGCUGAUCGCGUUUGUUCUUUUUCAGGCAUCUUAUGGCAAUCGUAGCGGAGAGAUAUGCCACAAUAAACGGGGUGUAUUAAUUUGCCCCUUUGGAACAACCGUGCACAUAGAGAAAGCAUUAUAUGGAAGACCAAGCACACAAUGCGAGAUAUACAGCUUUCCGUGUGCUGGCAAAAAUGUUAUACGGAAAGUUAGAAGAAUAUGUUCAGGAAAAACAAUUUGCGUCGUUGACACCAACUUGCUCGGGAACCCUUGCACUGCUGUUUGGGAAUCGCUUUCCUAUAGAUACACCUGUAAAGCUCAAGUGACAGCUUCUUCUACAACAACUCAAGUCCCCACGACGGAAAGCUCAAUAAAGAAAAAGAGAGUCUGUGAGAACUAUUCUUCGUUUCUGGGAUGUGCACCAGGAAAGGUCAUCAAUAUCUUGAGUGCGUUUUACGGAAGGAGAUCCACAGCCUACUGUACGACCGGAGACACAAGCGAUACGUCCUGCUCUGUUGAUGCCACAAAGUAUGCAAGAUUCUACGCACAAGGCAGAUCAAUUGGCAUCGCACAAGCCCUUAGUUCCUUGCAUGGAGAUCCUUGUCCGGGAAUUUCAAAAUAUCUAGAAAUCAAUUAUGAGUGUGUGCUAAAAUCCACAACGACACCUCCACCGACACCUCCACCGACACCUCCACCGACAACAACACCAAAGACAACGACAGAAAGUCCCAUAAAAACAAAAACAAUCUGCGAGAACUAUUCUACGUUUCUGGGAUGUGCACCAGGAAAGGUCAUCAAUAUCUUGAGUGCGUUUUACGGAAGGAGAUCCACAGCCUACUGUACGACCGGAGACAUAAGCGAUACGUCCUGCUCUGUUGAUGCCACAAAGUAUGCAAGAUUCUACGCACAAGGCAGAUCAAUUGGCAUCGCACAAGCCCUUAGUUCCUUGCAUGGAGAUCCUUGUCCGGGAAUUUCGAAGUAUUUACAAAUCAGUUUCGAGUGUGUUGACAAAGACACACUGACAACAAAUUCACCAACGGAUACGAAACCACCGCUUCCGCCUAAACCUACAACGCCGGUCGGUCCCCCCGUACCACCAGCCUCAUGCGGCACACCUCAAGUCGCGCAAUCACGGAUAGUUGGUGGUAUCAACGCAAAGCCAGGAGCAUGGCCAUGGCAAGUAGCAUUGUACCGAAAAGGCAAUUUCUUGUGCGGAGGAGCACUGAUUGACCCGAUGUGGAUAGUGACAGCUACACACUGUUUAGAACGACUAAAUUCUGGGGAUACCAUUGGCGAUUACCACGUCAUCCUUGGUGACCAUGACAGGACAUCAAACGAAGGAACAGAAAUUAAAAGAUACCUAUCCAAGAUGAUUCUUCACCCACAAUAUGACGAAGGGCAUCGAUACAAUAACGACAUUGCUUUAAUAAAAAUGAGCGGACCCAUCCUCUUCUCCAACCGUAUUUUGCCCAUUUGCUUGCCAGCCCAGGGUCAAAGCUUACCGACAAACACAAACUGCUUUGUUACAGGUUGGGGAAUGACAAGCUAUCCGAGCAACCCUGCCAAUGUCUUGCAGCAAGGAUCGAUGGCUACUGUCUCGAAACAAGAAUGCGCACAGCGUCUUCAGGCAUCACUCGGAACUGAAAAACUCAGUGUUUCUGAUCAAAUGCUGUGUGCUGGAAACAGCCUUCAUUCUCCGGACAAAGAACUGAGUGCUUGCAGAGGGGAUAGCGGAGGCCCAUUUGUGUGCCAAGGAGCAAACGGAAAAUGGAGUCUGCAAGGUGUUGUCAGCUGGGGUUCAAUCAGGUGUUCGGGAGUUGACAGAUAUUCAGUGUUUGCAAGAGUCAGUGAGUUCCGCAACUGGAUCGAUGACGUAAUCAAACACGACGGGCUACCAUCAACCACACCAAAGCCAAUAACCAGUACUACAGAAGCUACAACAGAGCAGCCAACUGCCACACCUGUUGCACCACUAAUCCCUGGUCCUGAACCCCCGCUUUAAUUAUAUAUAGUGAACAAUAUCAGUAGCUUUAUGAUUUUAAUCAGUAACUUUGAUUAGGGUGACUUUCUACAAUGUCAAACUUAAAUCAGAAGGGAAAACAUAGAAAUGGGAAAAUCGUUAGCAAUGAAAACGUAAAAUGAAUGGCUAUAA